GUUAAGGGCAGGUUUGGACAAGUUCCGCAUACGCCACACACUAGUAGUACUGAUAAUUUUAAAAUGGCGAACUUUAUAAACAACAAAGACUUUUGGAGCGAAUUUAUUAAUCUAUAUCGCCAGUUGCCAGAAGUGUGGAAAGUGAAGAGUGAUGUGUACAAAAAUAGAAACAAGAAGAACGUCGCGUAUGAAAAACUAACCGAAAAAUUAAAGGAAAUAGAACCUAGCGCCGAUAGAGAGAUGGUGCGAAAGAAAAUAAAUGUUUUGCGUACUGCGUAUCGGAGGGAAUUGAAAAAAGUAGUGGCGAGCUAUAGAUCUGGCACAGGCACCGAAAAUCUUUAUGAACCAAGUUUAUGGUAUUUUAAAGGAUUAGAUUUCCUUAGAGACCAAGAAAGUCAAUUACCAGGGACUUCUACCAUGGACGAGCCCCAAGAGACUGAAAAUGAAGGCAGGGAUUCUUCUCGGGACGAUGGUAACCCAGAAGCAAAUGCAAAAUAG